GUGGUGAUAGACUCGGACACAUUGUUGUUGUGGCGGGCGGCUGAGGGAACACUGAGACCAGAGCUGAGGCAAAUACUGUCACUGUAUGGGUGGAUGAAUGAACAUUAUCCAGGAUGGGAGCCGGGUGGAGUGAAGUGGGAGUGGAAGGUGUGCCUCUAGAACUGGUGUAUCGUGUCCUUCGUCAUGUAUCUCUGCGUGACCUAACAACUCUCUCAGCCACCAGUAAAUAUCUUCGAAACCUUAUUGACGAAUCUCCUCUCCUAUGGUCUCAUGUGCAUACAAAGGAGCUGUGGCCUAAUAAGGACACAUGGCACUGGUUUGAGAGAGCAGCCCACUGUGGCAAUGUAGGAGCCAGCAUCAAGCUAGCUGUGGCCCUCCUCUACAGUGAAGGAGUGAUUUUGGGCAAACCAGUCCUCAAUGGAGAACUUGCUGUAAGAGUAUUUGAACGCCUUGAAACUAGUGGAACAUUGGGACCUCGGUUACAGCUGUGGCUGUUAUACCGUCCGCCAUGGGGCAGUCAACCACUGUGCUGUAAGCGCUAUGUACACAUACGGGUCUCACACAUUGCUCAAAUGACAGGCUGUCCGUGGGCCAUUAGAGUUUUAAGUCGUAUAUCAGAAGUUGUUGGAGAUGGUAGGAACCUUGCAAAUCCUCCUGAUGUCAACUGGAUCAAGAUUGCUGCACAGGGAGGAGACACACAUGCAAGACUCCUACAGUGGCGUUCUCGGUAUGAGAGACGACACCUUGAAGGGGUACUGGAUCCUGGAACAGAACUGCAGGCGAGUCGUGAGCUUCGAGAGCUUUGUCUCACGGGAUACUAUCCUGCUGUGCUUUUGCUCUCCCACUUCCUUGCAACUUCUAGGCAUCCGAGCAACCAAUGUUUCCCUGAGAUACGAGAGUUCCUACAAAACAGCCCACCAUCUCGCACUUGGUAUGCUCUUAAUUACCAGCGGCACGUGAGACCACACAUGCAUCAUGUAUUGGUGGAUUGGCUUUGUGAAGUUGCCACCAUGAAGCUUCACACCUCUCAAGUUUUACAUGCUGCAACACAGAUUGUGGAGGCCUACUUGAGUGUGGAACAAGUCGAGUGUAAUCAGCUACAACUUGUUGGCAUCACUGCCAUUCUUCUGGCCACCAGGUUCAUCCCAGGUGCAUCAAUGUUAACUAUCCGUGAAGCUUCCUGGAUCACUGACAACACUUAUUCUUAUAACCAUGUUGUACGUACCAUUGGGCACAUCAUGGCAGCUCUCAAGGCUAAUCUUGCCCUUCCCACCAUUCUAGACUAUGCAACAGUAUUGCUGGAAAGUGUAAAAGCCCCAACAAUAACUCAAGAGUGGACUCGAUUCUUGUGUGACUUGGCCACAACUUGUUCCUUCCCUCCAAGAACCACAGUGGCACAGAUUGGCAGCUCUUGUGUCUUGCUUGGUUACAUCUUAUCACGAUCGCCAUGGCCCAAUCUGCCCAUUAUAUCCGGCUUCACACAGUUCCAGUUACUCCAGCCUGCCUUAAUACUAUAUUGUAAAAAUUUUGACAUAGAGGAUAGUAAAUGCCAACGUCAUGGAAUUAUUGAUCGAUACAGCUUGGCAGCCUUUAGCACUGAACAAGUUGGUCUACUACCAGUGCUGCCCCUUGAAGACUUGUUAGCCUCUCUCUCCCUCUCUGAGAGUGAUUACCUCCGAUUGGUGACUUUGCCACCCAAUGUUCGAGAUGAUAUAAGAACUUCAAAGAUGGAUGCUGAUACUGCAAGUGCUACUGUAAUGUGUAGUGAAAGAAUGUACAGACCACAGCAGUUGCAAGUUGAAAAGCCACUUCAGCGACUUUUCUGCCAACAAGAUGAGCCUCUACAUCAGGAGCUAAAACCUUGUUUCAAGGGAACAAAUAAAGAGAUGGACUUUGUAUCAGUAGGAAAUAGCAGUGUGUGUGCCAGUGAUUGCUGGGCCGUCAUUGGAGGUACAGCUGAAGCAUCUUCGGGUGCACAUAUUAAGCCAGAUGACAGCAGGAUGGAGUACAGUAAUUGUGAUUUGACUCAGGAACCUGUAAGUGGUGAAAUUUCUCUUAUGAAGGAAACCUCAUCCUUGAGGACAGGUGUUUGUUCAGCUUUUGCAGGUGAGAGAGUAUCUUCCAGACCUUAUUCAUUAAAUGAGAAUAACUGUGGUAAUCUUGCAGCAGCAGUUCAUGCACAGGAACAAACAAGUAGUAAUGAAAUGAACCCUAAGCACAGACACUUUGAAUCUCCAGAUGAUAAAAUGACACCAAGUGAUGUGAUGCUUGACAGCCUUAGUGAAACUACAGAUAGUGAAGAAAAUUCAGACAUUUUACCCCCGACAUGUGAAGGCGGGGGGGCUAAGUACACGAGAGUCAAUCUUAAAAGAAAACUUGAAAAUGCGUCUGGGAGUGAAAGAUCAGAAAAAUGUCUAAUUUUGGAUGUUGGGAAUUUACAGUUGAGCUAAUCACAGUUUUUAUGGUUAUUAAACAUUAUUCCAUACCGUUUAGAAAAUUAGGGUCUUCCAGAUACUGUGUACAGUUUAAUGCCAUCCUUUUGGUCCAUGGUUUUCUUCUACUUAAUUUAUAAGUUGAGCCAUUCAUAGAUGUAUUUUCUGUCGAGUGAUUUCACUACCAGGAGGAAAAAAUUAUUCUUCUCUCUCUGCAUAAUAAUUGGAAUGUCAUUAUGUAUAUCAGUUGUUCUGGUAUUGUAUGCCAUGAAAGUCUGAAGGUGAUUUUUUAUAUGUAAGUUUGGGGUACUGUAAGGGGUGGUAAUAGAUGAAAUUCAAUUAAUACAGUAAUUAGAUUCCAUAUGCAGUUGAUGUUCAUUUUACUAGUUGUGGAGUAGAUAAACAACUCAUAAAACACCAGUGAAUUAAGUAUAGAUGGGAACAGUGGGUCAGCGAAACAAUAAUUGAAAUUUAAGAUCUAUAUUUAAAAACUCAGUUAAUGAUUGUAGAAAAAGGGUGAACCAAGUACAGAAGUUCUCGAGGGAAAUAAAGGAAAGUAAUAAUACAGUACGAAAUAUGAAGGGAAAGAGAUGAUUACAACCUUUUUCAAUUUGGCUAUUAAAAUUAAUGAAACAAAAAACAAAUUUUGUAUUUCUCAUAUUUUGUAUAAUAAAAUGGAUCAAAUAAGGGUGUCUCAGAAAAAUUUAUAUACACUGUCUUACAGAUUUUCAUGGUGAUCUCGUGAAUUUUUAUAUUACAGUAGCAACAUUAUCCUCGUGUGUUGGUGUUUGAGGAUAUCUACAAGUGAGGCCUUUAUUGCUGUUGUGAUACAAGCAUUCAUGUGAUCUAUGAUGUAUAUACCUUUUUUUAAGAUACCCUGUAUACAGUUUUGCAUUGUUCAACUGUGUGUAUCUAUUCACUAUAAAAGUUAAAAUAAUGCGAGUGAAAUUUGUACCUAAUUUUUCUCUUUCAUAAAAAGAUUGUUUGUGUGCACGAUCUCUGGUCAUUCCUCUGGUAACACGUGUUCCUAUCCUUCUUGACUGUAGCAAUUGGUUUUUUUACUAUGUGUCCAUUUUGAGCAGUUUACUUUUCUCCAAUCUUACUUUAACUUCGUAAUUCUUCACUAUAUUCUUACACUAAUUUCAACAUAUUGUAUUCAUCAUACUCUCUCAUACUUUCACCCGAGAGAUUAUCAAUUGACAUUUUCAGUUCUCAUGCCUUUUAUCAUAUUAUUUUUAUUCUUUACACUGAUACUUGUCUUGAUUUUGCUAAUAUAGUUUAGAUUUUUCAUACCUGCUUCUUUUUUCCCCUACUUUAUGCACUUUGGUCUGAAGCAAGAGUACAUACUGUAAAUACACACACACACAAUUUCACUUCAUUUGUUGUCAUUCAUUCAUUCUUAUUGCUUUAAAAGAUGUGGUACACCACUUUCACAAUAAGGUCCUAAAUAUCCAUCUGAUUUACUCCAGUCACUUCAUACAAGCCAGCAUCAUGCAUUAACACCAUGUCCUCCCCCAAAAUCACCUUUUCUAUACUCUCUGCAGUCUUUGCUCUUUUACUCAUGUUUCUGGUUCCUGGAUUUCUAUCUCCCUUAGGUGUCUCACUUCAAUUGCAUUCUUCACCCCAGCCAUUCAUCUCAUUCUCAUUGCACUCUAUCUCUCAUAUCAUUCACCUCAAACAGGCACAUAUUUUAUUAAUCUUUCUUUCACUUCCCAUCUUCUAUGUAUGUCCAUAACACUAGAGCAGUUCCUAAUCUGUUCACUGCUUAACACCCCGUUUACUUGCACAUCUCCAUAUUUCUUGUUGUUUGCAUCCUGUUUACUUCACAUGUUGCUCUCAAGCAUGUUAUAUUUGUCUUCUAAUCUUUCUCUCUCAUUCUCUUACUUUAGACAUCACUCCCAGAUAUUUGAAAAAUUCAUCUUCCAGUCUAUCUCCAUUUAAACUAACAAAUUUCUCCUUGUAUUCCUUCCCUACUUAUUUUUAGGAUCAAUGUGGAUACACUACAUACUGAGCCUUUGGUACACAAGGAGGCAAUGUUGGGGGCACUGCACUCGACCACCUUAACUUCACCAACCCAUAAAGUUAGGUACCCAUUUAUAGCUGGGGGGACUGGGAGUGCCCUUGGAUGAAAUCAGCAACCCUAAGACAGGAGCUGAGCACUGUAUCAACUCAGGUACCAUUCUCCUUAUUGUACACAUAAGCACAUUCAGAAAGAUUUGUAGUGUCACCUGUAAACAACAGCUCACACACUUGUCAACAUUUUUUAUCAUUAUUUACUAGAACUAUACAUGAGCCUAUAACUCGUGCUGUCACCUCAUUUACUACCUCAUCCAUGAAUGUAUUAUAUAAUCCUGGUGUAAUUAUAUACUUUUCAUGUACAGGACUCAUUCUAAUUUCACUGGGAACCAUUUUCUCUCUUCUGGACAAACUUUACCACAGACUUCUUUUUUAAACUUUUUUCUUUGCAUUCUUUAAAAUAUCAGUGAGGAAGUGUUUUUAGAUUAUUGGAACAUCAUAAAACAACUUGUUCAAUGAGUAGAUAAUCAAGAUUUGGGUGUGUUGCUGCUGGUAGAUUAUUAUGGUGUUGACCUGGUAAAGAAAUGUGAAUGUGGUUUAAAUGAAAGAAGAAUUUAUUUUGCUACAUAAGAGAGUAAUGACAUUAUAUUUGAAAAAUGAAUUGUUGGAACCUGUAUUAGAACUUGAGUCACUUAUGGGUAAUCGUUUCAAAAACAAGUACAGUACAGGUAAUUUAGUAAGAUUGUGUAGUACUCUAGUACUAAACCAUUGGUGUAGAGGAAGGAACUUCUCUUACUUCCCUAUGGUGAAAAUUUUAGAUUUAAAUUUUAUCUGUUGAUUGGAAAUAUGUUUGGAUUAGUGCACAAUAGCAACAUAUUUUAUAGAGCAUGUGUGAUUAGGAAUGAGCAGAAUUCACACACAGCAAUGAUCAUGAGAUGCAAGUUUAGAUAUUUUAUUGGGUGAAAGACUGCUGUGCUAAGUUGGUUUAGUUACAUGUAGGUACUGCAGUAGAUGCAGAAAAUCUUCCCCCUAAAAUUAGUUAGGUCAUCAAAAACUACCCGAGAGGAUUGAUAAUAAUGAUAUACUGUACACACAAGGAGUGUAAUAAUUUAUAAAAGUGCAAUGUGCUGUAUGAAAUGAAGUGCAAGAUUUUGAAUUAGAUACAUAGCCCAAUAUAACUAACAUAGUAGUAUACAAUUUUUGGUUGUGUUAAUCAGCUUUGUAGAUGACUGAAAGGACUAAAUAACGUACAUGAGAGAAUUUUACUCCCACACCUCUGGCCUAGUUAUAACUUGUGCCCCUCUCUGUACAUCAGGUCUCUACAUGCAAUACACCUCAGUAAUGCAACUUGUGACCAAUGCAACCAUGAGAUAUUGUGUCUGGGUAACUAAUUUAGUGAGGAUUGAAUUAUCAUUUCUAUUUAGUCUGUGUGGUCCACUUCUCUUAUUGAGAGAUUUUACUGUGCUUGCAUAUGGAACAAGAUAUCCUGCUACCGAAUUUGAGGUAUGUGAUCAAAAAUUUAUUGUGCUGUAAAUGUGAUAAGAAAUUUUGUUUGAUUGACAAUCUUAUAGAUAUACAGUGAUAUCCUCGUUAGCCGGAACAAUUGUUGCAAAGCACUUCCGGGAAUGAGACAUUUCCGUUUAACGAGACGACUCAAAGCCGGAAAAAAUCCCCCAUCCCCGGAACUUUCUGGGUAGCGGGAAAAUAUUCUCGGAAGUUUCAGAAAAUGUCCAUUACAUCAUCCCUCAAUCCCUGAAAAAUAUCCCUCAUCCCCGGAAUUUUCCGGGUAACGGAAAAUUUUUCUCGGAAUUUCCAGAAAAUGCGUCUGAUUUUCAUCUCUCAAACCUGGAAUAAAACUCCCCCACCCCUGGAAUUUUUCUCAGAAUUUUCUGAAAAAUGUGCCCCUCGGAAAAUCUUUUCUAAAACCGUAAUUUUCCGGAAAAUUACGGCUUUGGGAACUAUUUUAUGAGAAAAUUUAAAUUCCUGCUAUCAGAGAGUCCCGUGUUUGAGGGAUUUCGGCUAACGGAGAUAUUACUGUACCUGUAUUAGUGUAAGGAAAUGAGAAUGUAUUUGUAUAACUAGUAUGAGUAAACCAGUCAAAUGCAGCAAACAGGAGAUGCAUUUAAAAAUACAA